AUGGCCAUGCCGGCAGCCCACUUCUCGCAUCCCAAGCACGAGCUGAAGUUUCGGGAGUACCACCUGUCACGCCAGUGCGCCCUGUGCGGGGAGAAGCUCACCGGCAGCGGCUACAGCUGCCACCACCGCCUCUGCGAGUUCGACCUGCACGAGGAGUGCGCCAGGUACCCGGAGACCCUACGCUCCUUCUUCGCGCACCCGUGGCACGACCUCACCCUCUCCUCCCGCACCGACGGCCGCCGGAGCACCUGCGAGCUGUGCCGCGAGGAGAAAGUCCCCGCCGGCGUCUUCCUGUACCGCUGCGCGCCGUGCGGGUUCGCCGUGCACCCGCGGUGCUCGCGCCUGCCGCAGACCGCGCGCAGCGAGGAGCUCCACCCGGACCACGGCCUGAGCCUCACCGCCAUGCCUAGUGCGGGGACAACGUGCGCGGCGUGCCGCGAGCCCUGCGGCGUUUGGGUCUACCGCUGCGGGCUGUGCGACGUCGACCUCCACAUCGACUGCCUGCACGGCGCCAGGUCCUCCAGAGGGAAGAACGGAAAGGAGUGGUCGUCGGCGCUGGGUGAAGUGGGCGUGAAAGUCAUGGAAAGCCUUGCGGAAGUUGCGGGUGAAGACGUGGCGAGUAUGCUCUUUCAGUGA